CUUUUGCAAAGGGAAUUUGGCUUUUGCGUUGCCUUCGCGUUGGAUCCGCUACGACGUCCCUUGCUUCGGUGUGCCCUUCCUUCUGUUUGACGUGUUGAAGCGAUGGGAAGUACUUCGAGCAAGCCGCAUGACUCGCACCCCACCGACUUGGGGACGAUGCACGAGUCGUCCCAAAAGCAUACGUCGUCCGGGACGUCCAUGAAUACAGGAGACAUCGGACACACUGGAGCGGGCACUUCGACGUAUGGAGCACAUUACCCUUCGGAAGGUGUGUACUACGGCAGUCCGACCCAGACCACGAUGCGGAACAGCGAUACAGAUAUGGACAUGGACGCGACGAAUUCCCCUCGGUAUGUGCAUGCGGCAGGGGAUGCUUCCAGUGGGCAUGGUGCGUCAAGCAGCAGCAGCCACCUCCACGACACUGCGUCCUCGGCGACCAAGCAACCUGACAUCGUUCCCAUGGUGUUUCGAUGGGAACACGGUGGACGCAACGUGUGCAUCACCGGGACGUUCAACGGAUGGUCGGCGCAUGUGCCGAUGCAUCGAUCCGGGAACGACUUCACGUACAUCGCCAACCUCCCGCGCGGGAAACACGCGUACAAGUUUGUUGUCGACGACGAGUGGCGCUUCGCCCCCGACCAGCCCACGGUGGCAGACGUCGACGGCAACAUCAACAACUACGUGGACGUGUCAGACUUCACGUCGUUGGCGGACGUAGAUCUGGACAAGGCGGACGAGACUGAUGCGACCGAUACGACGGUCUACGGUCGGUUCAUUCCAGAUUUGGACGAAUAUACCAAGGAGCCGCCCCCCCUGCCGCCGCACCUGCGCCACAUCAUCUUGAACAAGGCGCCUCCGAGUGUGGACUGCCGACUCUUGCCAGUACCCCAACAUGUUGCCCUGAAUCAUUUGUACUGCACGGCCAUCAAAGAUGGGAUGAUGGUGCUCGGGCUCACACAACGGUACAAGCAAAAGUUUGUCACGACGGUGUACUAUAGUUUAAUGCCAGGGUCAACGUAACCACGAUGAAGCAUCAUCCCUACAUGUACAGUACGCCGUCGAUGCAUCGGUGGUCGAGAGGGGCCUAAGGAUGAGAUUACGAAGUAAACGAGAACAGAGGACGUAAUGUUAGUAUGAUCCUUCCUCGUCAAACAUACACUCCACCCAAGAGGA